GGUCCAGAAAUUAGCUUGUCCAUCGUCGUCGUGGAAGAGGCGCCGAUAACGGUGAAAUGGAAGCGAGCUCUGUCACUGCCGGAGCAAGCGACGCUUCCGUCACAGUCAGCAUCAAGUUCAGUGGCAGGUCGAUCCCCAUCUCAGUCUCACCCGACUCAACCAUUAGUGAACUAAAGUCUCUUCUCGUGCCGCCCACUAAUGUCCUACCUCGAGGCCAAAAGCUAAUUUUCAAAGGAAGAGUUUUGGAGGAUUCUCUGACGCUGAAGGCAUCUGAAUUGACAAAUGGCUCCAAGAUUAUGCUUGUGGCUUCCCAGGGUUUACAUCAAGGGGGUGGACCGAUCUUGAAAAAAGCCGAGGCUGUACCCAGGACCAGGAGAGAUAACCACUCAAGCCUGAGUAGUGAUGUAAAGAAACCUCCUGUUAAGAGCAGAUUGGAACGAUGGACUGCUACUGGAGUUAUAGCAUUGUCUGAAUGCAACUUAAAGGCCAUACCCCAUGAAGUGUGGGCAUGUGGGUCUUCUGGAAGAGUUCUAGAUUGCAGUAACAACUCAAUUCAAAUCGUGCCUGUAAAAAUUGAAAGUCUUACUGGCUUGGAGAAACUAUUCCUUAAUGCAAAUGAGUUGCUGGAUGAGUCAAUAAGCUGGGAAGGAUUAACAACUCUGAAGCACCUAACAGUAUUAUCUUUGAACCAGAACCAUUUGACAACUUUGCCACCUGCAUUGGGAUCCCUAAUGUCUUUAAAGGAGCUGCAUGUCUCCAAUAAUAAGUUGGGUAACCUACCUAAUGAAAUAGGACAUCUGUCAAAACUGGAAGUUUUGCGAGCCAACAAUAAUAGGAUUUGUGCCAUCGGCGAACUUAUAGGAAACUGCUGUUCUCUUGUUGAGGUUGAUUUCUCAUCAAAUUUUCUCUCAGAAUUGCCAGAGACAUUUAGUAGCUUGAGCAGUUUGAAGGCUUUGUAUCUUAGUAACAAUGCCAUGAAAUCCCUUCCAUCUAAGCUAUUCAAGACUUGCCUUCAGCUAUCCACUUUGGAUCUUCACAAUACAGAAAUAACUAUUGAUAUCCUCCGCAAGUUUGAAGGAUGGGACAAUUUUGACGAGCGACGUCGCUCAAAGCAUCAGAAACAAUUGGAUUUCCGAGUUGGAGUUUCUAGAGACUUUGAUGAAGGUGCUGAUAAAAAAUGAACAAAUAUUGUUUGAGCCAAAAACUAGAUAUUAUUUUACGAUGACUGAUGAUGUUAUGACAAUUUCCGAAAUCUUUAUUGUUAUAAUGAAUGCCAAGUUUCUCAUGGGUGAA